AUGUCCACUGAUAAAAUCACCUUUUUACUUAACUGGCAAGCUGCUGCAUACCACAUUCCAAUUUAUUUGGCUCAAACCAAGGGAUACUUCAAAGAGCAAGGCUUAGAUAUUGCUAUUUUGGAACCAAGCAAUCCAUCCGAUGUAACUGAAUUAAUUGGGUCUGGUAAAGUCGACAUGGGUUUGAAAGCUAUGAUUCACACUUUGGCCGCUAAAGCUAGAGGGUUCCCUGUUACUUCUGUUGCCUCUUUGUUAGAUGAACCAUUCACUGGGUUAUUGUACUUGAAAGGCAGCGGUAUCACUGAAGAUUUCCAAUCUUUGAAGGGUAAAAAGAUUGGUUAUGUUGGUGAAUUUGGUAAGAUUCAAUUGGACGAAUUGACCAAGCAUUAUGGUAUGACACCGAACGACUACACUGCUGUUAGAUGUGGUAUGAAUGUUGCCAAAUAUAUCAUCGAGGGCAAGAUUCAUGCUGGUAUUGGUAUUGAAUGUAUUCAACAAGUGGAAUUGGAAGAAUACUGCAAAAAGCAUGGCAGACCAGUUACUGAUGUUCAAAUGUUGAGAAUUGACAAGUUGGCUUGUUUGGGUUGUUGCUGUUUCUGUACUAUUUUGUACAUUUGUAAUGAUGAGUUUUUGGCCAAGAAUGGAGACAAAGUUAGAAAGUUUUUGAUUGCUAUUAAAAAGGCCACUGAUGAUGUUUUGAACCACCCAGAACAAUCUUGGGCUACAUAUACAGAUUUGAAGCCACAAUUGAAUACUGAUUUGGCUUACAAACAAUACCAAAGAUGUUUUGCUUACUUUUCCAGUUCUUUGUACAAUGUGCAUCGUGAUUGGAAAAAAGUUACUGGGUACGGUAAGAGAUUGGAGAUUUUGCCAUUGGAUUACAAGUCCAAUUACACCAAUGAAUAUUUGUCAUGGCCAGAACCCAACGAAGUGGAAGACCCAUUAGAAGCCCAAAGAUUGAUGGGUAUUCACCAAGAAAAAUGCAGAGAAGAGGGGUCUUUCAAGAGAUUAGUUGUUCCAUUGAAACAUUGA